AGAUAUAGUUCUUUACGAGGGACAUUGAACGCACCAGAUGAAUAUAGUCAGUGGCGACUGAAGGAAGAGUGGAGGGUGCAACUUUUUUUUUGUAUUUACGAAGAAGUAGGCGUUGUGUGACUUUUAUCGUCCAUGUGAAGAACAUGUUUACUCAUUGACCUCCGAUGACUUAGCAGUUUCGUCUAGACAAAGCGGGGGGAAAUAUCCAGCAGGUUUUGAUAGUCGUGUUGGAAAAAUCAGAGUUUCAGUUUUAAACAAUGACUGCUCCGGUCCGAGCAAUCGUGAUAGGAGCUGGCUGCCGGGGAGAAGGCUACUCUGUGUUUGCAUUAAUCCAUCCUGAACGCAUGAAGGUUGUAGCUGUUGCUGACCCAAGAAAGUUUGCCCGUACCAAUCUUCAACAACAACAUCAAAUAGACAAUGAAAAUGUCUUUGAAGAUUGGCAAUCUGUGGCUGAUAGAGAGAAGUUUGCAGAUGCUGUGUUAAUUUGCACACCUGAUCGGCUUCAUAAGGAUCCUGCUGUGGCCUUUGCAAAAAAGGGAUACCAUAUUCUUCUGGAGAAACCAUUGGCAACAACUGCAGAGGAUUGCAGGACAAUAGUGGAGGCCUGUGUCCAGAGUAAUGUGAUGCUUUCUGUUGGCCAUGUUCUACGAUAUGAUCCAGUUAUCUGCAAGAUAAAGGAGCUCAUAGAUGCAGGAGUCAUUGGGGAUGUGGUGCACAUUCAGCACCUUGAGCCGGUCGGGUUUUAUCACUUCGCUCACUCAUUUGUCCGAGGCAACUGGAGAAACGAAGCAGAGAGCUCUUUUGCUCUUCUGGCCAAAUCAUGCCACGACAUUGACCUGAUUCAUCACUGGGCCGGAGCACGCAGAUGUGUGAAAGUGUCGUCAUUUGGAUCUGUCAGCCACUUCACAAAAGAACACAAGCCAAAAGGUGCCGGGGAUCGUUGUCUUGACUGCUCGAUAGAGAAAGACUGUCCAUACUCAGCAUGCAAAAUCUACCUGGACAGAGUAAAGCAGGGGCACACUGGCUGGCCGGUGUCAGUCAUAUGUCCAAGCUCAUUCCCUGAUAUUGAAUCAGUAACGGAGGCUCUGAGGACAGGACCUUACGGCCGCUGUGUCUACAAAUGCGACAAUGAUGUCUGCAGUAACCAGGUGGUAAACAUGGAGUUUGAAGGAGGGCUGACAGCCGCCUUCUCCAUGGUGGCGUUCACAGAAGAAAUCUGCCAAAGAAAAACGACCAUUUAUGGCAGCAAGGGAGAGAUGUCGUGUGAUGGCCACGAGAUUCGUGUGUUUGAUUUUUUGACCCAAAAAUCAACUAAGAUCACAGCGAACCGUGACGUUCCCGGGCACUUUGGGAAGGGCGGACAUGGCGCGGCAGACUAUCACCUCAUAGAUGCCUUCAUUUCUGCAGUGGCUAACAACGAUCCAUCCCGGAUUCGAUGUGGUUCUGAGGACACGCUGAUGAGCCACUUGCUUGUGUUUGAAGCUGAGCGAUCACGACUGGAAAGCAGGAUAGUCUUCUGUGGGGAGAGCCAAAAGUAGAAGACAGUAAAAAAUCAAUGUGUCCAUAAUUGACCCUCGAACUAAAACUUUUGGACAAGACAAAUAUUGAUUAUAAAGGAUUCAUAUCCUACAUAGAAUGCAAUAAUUGUAAUACUGCUUUUUUUAAAUGAAAAUGAGUCAGUUACAGUGUUCCUUCACUUAUUCGCGUUUCUUUAUUUGCGGUUUCACGCAGAGUUUUUUUUCAGUCACGUGACUUCUGUGGUUUGUUACUAAAACACAGACAAAUCAAGACACUUGUAUGAAACUUUUGCUUCCGAAGGUGCUGCGGGAAAUUUCCCAGGAGCGCAGUUGAGGAGCACGCCAGCCCGUCCGCUAUGCACACACAGGUGCGCACACACUCACAGCAAGCCUGCAUGGAGAAAUGGCAUCAACUGACUCAGAAGCGGCUCGAAAAUAUACUAUAAUCGCACUGGAUAUUUAUCAUCCAGAGCAGGUGUUGAUCAUGGAUGAAACCAGAAAAUUCUGGAUAGAGAUGCCCUCUCACCCUUAACUGAUGAAGGAGGAAACACUGACUUUUUUAAGGUAAAGAGAGACAGAGUGACAGUCCUAAUGUAAAUUCACAAAAAAACUCUUUUUAUGUUGAGCAAUACUCCAAUGUUCUUUAAAAGAUGAUUUGCAAAGCAUGAUCAGAAGUAUUUUUGAUGAGUAUGGAUCGGUAACGAACAUUCUUCGGCUGCUGGGGUGUGGGGUUGAGACGGAGACUAGGGGUUGUCCCUAUUCGUGGAUUCGGCAUAUUUGUGUAUUUGGUGUAUUUGCAGAAGUCUCCGCUUCCUAACUCACGCGAAUGAGGGGGGAAUACUGUACUUACCUUAAAUUUCCAUUACUUGUCACACAUUUGGGUGUCUGAAAUUUGUUCUCGACAUCGGCCCAUCCUCUGGGGGAGGGGUGAGCUGCAGACACAAUGGCGCUCGGGAACCAUUUGAGGGUUUAACCCACCCAAUCAAACCCCUUAAAGUCCCAUUCCAAUUGUCUUUUGAGUUAUUGUAAAAAACAUUCCCAGUGUUUUUUAAUUAUGAUUAUGCAGUUUUUAGCCAAAAUGAAGAAAAAAAACUCUUGUUUUCUAGGACAUAGUCUCUGCAGAGCGGCAGUGGUUCAUUAGAAAGUUGCCUCUCAGUUGUGGGUGGGACUUUAGGUGUGCAGCAACCCUUAAUUCUCAAUGGUAAUUUCUGUUUUAAUAGAGGAUUUGAAUCCAACUAGUUUAGGGUCCAUUGGGUCACAGAGUUGGUACUUGAUUGUUGUGCAGUCAGAAUUUGUCAUGUUAAAGUAUUUAAAGUAAUGUUUCCCCAAAUAUCCGUCCCACACUUUAGGGAGGCUCAGGGAUUACAGAGCUUUUUACAUUAAAAGUGGGGUCAUCUGGACCCCACAAGACAGCAUGUUGAACUUUUUUUUUCCAAUCAUUUUUUAUCAUCACUGGUGUCUGUGGCAAACAUAAAAUCCUGUCCAUCUUUGUCAUGGGAGGGAUCACUCAUCAAUGUAAGUGUGGGGUCAUCUGUACCCCAUUAAAUAGCACGAGGGUUCAAGCUAUGUUUGAACAUAAUUUUUUUAAAUCAUGUUUUAGUAAAAUUUUACAAGCUC